AUGAAUAAUUUCCUUGAAGCCUUAUCCAACAUUCCAAAUCAUUGCCAUAUACAUGUACAAGAGUACUUAGAAAAAUUGAGCGAAGAUGGGGCAAAAGAUAGUCUAAAGCAUAAUAUAUUACUCCAAUUACUUCUCAGUAAUAACAAUACUGAGCAUUCCAAAAUUUAUCAAUUCAUAGUCGAAAACUUGCAUCACAAAUUGAAUAUCCAUUUACUAGAGAUUUUCAUAUUCAACCUUGUACAAGAAGAGAACAUAAGCGCAGCUACCACUUUGUUACAUAUUCUUCUUGACAAGGUCCCUGACUUUAAAUUGAGUAAUGAAUUGUGGUCGUACUAUUUAUCGAAGACAUGCGAAUUGGGACAUUACCUUGGUUCAUGCUUGGUAUACCAUGAAAUUAUAGAUAACCAUCAAGUUCGCUCUGAAGAAUUCUCAGGUAUUAAUUUCCAGAAUAGUCACAUUCCUUUUUUGGUAGCAAACUCAUUCUUGGAGACAUUAGGUCUGAUAUAUCUGAACAAUCGUGACCCCGAGAGAAUUAAAGGUUUAUUAAAUUACCUUAAAAGGUUUUAUUCGUAUUCCGGACAUGCUGAUACUUACAAGUCGUUAAAAUGCUCACUUGUAGAAGCUUACAGUAACGACGGUAAUUUGGGAGAGGCUCUAAAGCAUUUUCGUUCCCUUGCCUUUAUUUUCAAAGGUCAUAAAAACCACAGCAAGAAUGACAACAUAUCUACGCCUAAAAUGUCUGCAUUUAAUCAUUUUCGUUGGAGGAGAGAUAAUAUAAAGAACAACAAUUAUGAUGCCGUAUCUCGCAUUCCUGAUGAAAUAAAGACACCCUUAGAUAUUCAAGAAGAGGCUUCUUCAAAAGAAAUGAAUAUGAAAUUAUUCAGGCCCGAUGAAGAGAGAAACGUAUAUACAUAUCCAGGUCACUCAUACACCCCUGUUGUGGAAGGCUCAUUAAGAAUAUGCGAUUUGCCAUAUUUCCGCUCUUUAAUAAAGUCGAAUAUUAAUCAUUUGAUGAAGAAUUCAGGACCAGAGCGUCUUGAUUCGCUUAUGGACUAUAUUACAGGAUGUCAUUUCAUGCUACAUACAUUCAUAAACUCCUGUUUAUGUGAGUUAGGUUAUAUAAAUGAGGCAUAUCUGUUGUUAGUUAAAUUGCCCAAGACUUAUCAUAAGGUAUAUGCAAAUGUUCUUAUUCGAGAGGAGGACUUCAUUUAUCUAUUCAAAGCAUGUACACAUAGGUUGAAGAAUUUGGCUAUCGAUAAUGAUUACAUGCAAGCCAAUGAAGCUGAAAGAACAUACCAGUUAAUUCAUGAAAUAAAAUUAUUUCAGGAUAAUGUCAAUAAGAAAGCGAACCUGAAUAUAUAUUCAAUGAAACUUCAUGAGGUUUUUAUUACAGCCUUGUUAUCAUAUCGAGGUAUUACUUUGGAAAAGUUACUGGUUUAUUUGGAUGAUCUAUUACGAUUGUCUACACCUAAUAAUCCAAUCACGAUUUUCUUGGAUGAGACAGAAUUCAAUAAGUUGAAAAUUUUAUGUUCAGCUGCAAAUGAAUCGAAGUAUUCUCAAUUAGUUCGCAUGAGGGAUUAG